CCCGGCCUCAGGCCCGCGCCCACCAGGUGGCGGCAACCGCGCACCGAGGUUCUGGUGCAGGACGACGCGGAGCGUCCUGGGAGACCAGCCCGUGGGGAAGCGUCUGGGGAGGAGGGCGGCCCUUUAUUUUACAUUUUUAUUUGUUGAAAGAGCGAAGGAAAGAGAAAGGAGGGCGAGAGCCGGAUACGCAGGUGCAUCCCAAGGAACGUGGGGAGGAGGAAGCCUAGACUGCGCACGCGCAUCCUGGCCGCCGCCUCGCCUUCGGAGCCUGUGGCCUGGCAGUGCAGGCAGCAGCGCUUUGGACCCGACUGUGCCCGGGAGCUCGAGGUCUCGCUCAGCUGCGCGGAGGGGCGGGGAACCGGCCACCCCGCGCGGGUCAGUCUGGGCCAAGAUGCCGAUCAAUAAAUCAGAGAAGCCUGAAAGCUGCGACAAUGUCAAAGUUGUUGUUCGAUGUCGACCCUUCAAUGAAAGAGAAAAAGCAAUGUGCUACAAGCUAUCUGUUACUGUGGAUGAGAUGAGAGGAACUAUUACAGUGCAUAAAACUGAUUCUUCAAAUGAACCUCCAAAGACAUUUACAUUUGAUACGGUUUUUGGACCAGAUAGUAAACAACUUGAUGUUUAUAACUUAACAGCACGACCCAUUAUUGAUUCUGUUCUAGAAGGCUACAAUGGUACUAUAUUUGCAUAUGGACAGACUGGAACUGGAAAAACAUUUACCAUGGAAGGUGUACGAGCUGUACCUGAACUUAGAGGAAUUAUCCCAAAUUCAUUUGCUCAUAUAUUUGGUCAUAUUGCAAAAGCAGAGGGUGAUACAAGGUUUUUGGUUAGAGUAUCUUAUUUGGAAAUUUAUAAUGAAGAAGUGCGUGACCUUCUAGGAAAGGAUCAGACACAGAGAUUAGAGGUUAAGGAAAGACCUGAUGUGGGAGUUUACAUCAAAGAUCUGUCAGCUUAUGUGGUAAAUAAUGCAGAUGAUAUGGAUAGAAUUAUGACAUUAGGCCAUAAAAAUCGUUCUGUUGGAGCAACUAAUAUGAAUGAACACAGUUCCCGUUCCCAUGCUAUAUUUACAAUUACCAUUGAAUGUAGUGAAAAAGGUAUUGAUGGAAAUAUGCAUGUUCGGAUGGGCAAACUACACCUUGUAGAUCUUGCUGGUUCAGAAAGACAGGCAAAAACGGGAGCUACCGGACAGCGACUGAAAGAAGCAACAAAAAUUAACCUUUCACUCUCCACUCUGGGUAAUGUCAUUUCUGCCUUGGUUGAUGGAAAAAGCACUCAUGUACCCUAUCGAAAUUCAAAAUUGACUCGUCUUCUUCAGGACUCCUUAGGAGGAAACUCAAAAACCAUGAUGUGUGCAAAUAUUGGGCCUGCAGACUACAAUUACGAUGAGACUAUCAGUACAUUGCGAUAUGCUAACCGUGCUAAAAACAUUAAGAAUAAAGCUAGAAUUAAUGAAGAUCCAAAAGAUGCUUUGCUUCGCCAGUUUCAGAAAGAAAUAGAAGAACUCAAAAAAAAGCUUGAAGAAGGAGAAGAGAUUUCAGGCUCUGAUAUCAGUGGAUCAGAAGAUGAUGAAGAUGAAGAGGCUGAGUCAGGAGAACAUGGAGAAAAAAGGAAGAAGAGAAGGGGCAGUAGAAGCAGCAGUAGUUCAGAUUCUACAUGCUCUGUGGUAGAGAAACCCCUGGAUAAAUCCUUGACUAAUCAAGCAGGUAAAAAGAAGGUUUCCCCAGAUAAGAUGGUUGAAAUGCAAGCAAAGAUUGAUGAGGAGAGGAAAGCACUUGAAACCAAACUUGAUAUGGAAGAAGAAGAAAGAAAUAAAGCCAGAGCUGAACUAGAAAAGAGGGAGAAAGAUCUUCUUAAAGCCCAACAAGAGCAUCAGUCACUUUUGGAAAAAUUAUCUGCACUAGAAAAGAAGGUGAUUGUGGGAGGUGUUGAUUUGUUGGCCAAGGCUGAGGAGCAAGAGAAACUUCUGGAGGAAUCUAAUAUGGAACUAGAAGAAAGAAGGAAAAGAGCAGAACAACUUCGAAGAGAGCUUGAGGAAAAAGAGCAAGAACGCCUGGAUAUUGAAGAGAAAUAUACUAGUUUACAGGAAGAAGCUCAGGGAAAGACCAAGAAGCUGAAGAAAGUUUGGACGAUGCUAAUGGCUGCAAAGUCAGAGAUGGCAGAUCUUCAACAGGAGCAUCAGAGGGAAAUUGAAGGUCUUCUGGAAAAUAUUAGACAGCUUAGCAGGGAACUUCGACUUCAGAUGCUUAUUAUUGACAACUUUAUUCCUCAGGAUUAUCAGGAAAUGAUUGAAAAUUAUGUUCACUGGAAUGAAGACAUUGGAGAAUGGCAGUUGAAAUGUGUUGCCUACACAGGAAAUAAUAUGAGGAAGCAGACUCCAGUACCUGAUAAAAAGGAGAAAGAUCCCUUUGAAGUGGACCUUUCUCAUGUGUAUUUAGCUUAUACUGAGGAAAGCCUGAGACAGUCUUUGAUGAAAUUAGAGAGGCCACGCACUUCAAAGGGAAAAUCAAGGCCCAAAACUGGAAGAAGAAAGCGUUCUGCGAAGCCUGAGACUCUAAUUGAUUCUUUGCUUCAGUAAACUUUGACAAAUCUGAAACCACAAUAAAAUUAGCAUACGUUCCAAUGGUUGGCCUAGCUCUUUAGUUUGCCUGAAAAUAUUGAGGAUUUUUCUGUAAUUUGAUACAGCCAGGGCUACAAAAUAAUGCCUUACUCUGGAAUAAGAAUUAGAAAUGAUCUUGUGUCCACAUACUGUUAUGCUGUAUAUGUUAUAUUAACAUAACGUGUUCAAACAGUGUAACUAGUAGUUGUUAAAUUGUCGUAAUGUGCACUACUACUAUUUGUUUUGUGCAGGAAAAUUUGAAAGACCAUAUUGCACAGAGUGACAGUGUUAGAUGUGUAUUUAAAGUCAUGGGCUAUUUACCCAAUACCUUCAUAGAGAGAAACUGAAUUUUAAGACAUGAAAAAGCUAAAUGUCAUGUCAUGCCUCGCGCAUAGCAUAGAGACUGGCAGCUUCAGGUAUCCUGUGUUGUACUGUUGUGUUUGAAUGUGGUAGCUUUCAUCUAUGAUAUGGCUCUUUCUGAACACUAGAUCACCUUCUUUCACUAUUUAAAUACUUGCUCAUUGCAAUGGUAGUAUUUGCUGUAGUUAAUGUAUGAAAUGAAGCAGCUCAUCUAAAGAAAACAAAACACAUCUUUAUCAUGUCAACAAUUAAUGUACACUGACAAAUGUACUCCUUCCUCCUUUCUAACCUUCCUGUACCUCCAUUGUCUUACUGCUCAUUUAAAUUCAAAUGAAACAUACAUUUUUGCUUGGGCUAAUAAAGGCAGCAAAGCCUGUGGAUUUAGAUUUUCAGUGAAUUGUCACUAAUUUAAGGGUGCCACGUUUUUCACAACGAGUAAUUAGAGUUAGAGAAAUUAUAGGAGAUCAAGUAAGUUACUAAUUUAAAUGGCAUUGUAUUGCCAAUGCUGAGAUCCCAUUUGAUGUAUGGGUAGGUGAAUUGAUAUUUUGACUGCAUCUGAGUCUUUAUUUGAUUUUAAUUACUCUUUACAUUUUGCUUGAAAGAAGAAUUAUCAUUUUUCAUAAAACCCUACAUGCUUAAUGAACAAGCAAACUUAACAGAAAUGAACCAUUGACAGAAGAUGUCUAUCAAGAGCUUUGCAGAUCCAGUUGGUGUUGGAGUGUAAGUGUAAGAAACUAAACAAAAACACUCACCUGGAAGAUGUUUAGAGAAGAAUAACUUCCUUUUCAAGCUGGAGACUUUAAUUUCCCUUCUUCAGAUUUCCUGUGCUUUGGAAGUGUGGAGCAUACAUCUUUACCUCUUUUCACAUGGUCAUUUGAGUGAGGCCAUCUCCCUAUUUAGAAAUGGUUGUUUGUUAGUUAUGAUUAAAAAAUAUACAAAGAAUCUUAUUAGAAACUCAUUCUUCUUGUGGUUAGUCAGCUACUUACAAAACUGAUAGUUACUUUUUUUGAGUAUUGCAUUUCUACCAACCACUAGCAUUUUAAUUUUUUGUGUGAAUUUUUAGACUUAAAAAGUAGUGUUAGCUAAUUCUAAACUACCACGGUUUCAGAGUCUUAAAUCUUCAAAAACGAGUAUUUAUUAACUUAACAUGAUUUCAGUAAGUAUUUUAGAUGUUUAUUUAUGAUUUUUUUAACUAACUAAAGGGGUGAAAAAUUGGUGUUACCUCCAAGAAGGAAGAGCACUGAGGUCCUUGAGUGUGAUGAGUAUAAUCGAUAUUCUCUUUGUAGGAUGUGAGAGGUUUUAAAAUCUGUAACACUUUCUCAUGUGGGAUAUAUGGUUAAAAUACUGUGAAGACUUUAGUGAAUUUGUGUCCUGAAAACAGUGUCAGUAAGAUUCCUUAAAAGUUGACAUGUUUGUCAGAGACCUAUCAGGCACUGGAGGCCAAGUGGCACUGAGGAGAGAGCAGUAGAUCUGGAGUCAGGGUGUGGGUUCAAAGCUAGGCCUGGGACUAAUCGACCUUUGUGACCUUGAACAAGCCGGUUAACCUCUCUGAGCCUCAGUUUUCUCAUCCAUAAAAUGAGGGUGUUGAAUGAGGGUACCUCUGGUCCCUUCCACCUCUAAAUCUAAACUCCUAUGAACUCUGGGAGUAAUUUCUGCAGAGAAAUCUUUCUUGUCCAAUGGAAGCAUAAUUUAUAUUUUUUCCUUUUAAGAAUACACUCUGAAAGUCUUUAACUCAACGAAAAAAUAGUUUGCUGUAAUAAGGGAAGUGUCUUUGAUUAUAAUAGUAUAACAUAUAAUAGUUUACAUUUACAAAGUGCUUUAAAGUUCCCAAAGCACUUUAUGUGUAUUUUCAUUUGGUACUCAAUAACCUUUUGAGAUAGAAAGUAUGUGUUACUAUCCCUAUUUUACUGAUGAGAAAUUUGAGAUUCAGGAGUUAGGCAGUAUUUUGCCUGACGUCACACAGAGCCGGAAUUUGAAUCCAAGGCUUCCUGACUCACAAUAUAGCAUUCUUUUCACUGCAUUAGAACAUAGAAUUAUUUCUUGGGUCUUUUUUCCCUCAGAAGUACAACUCAAAUCCAUAAAAACAAAACUGUUAUAUUUUUAAUGAUUAAGAAAAAUUAGUGUUUAUGCUAGACCUUUUGUGCUAGAUGAGCAUUAUAUUUUUAGCUUCGUGAGACACUGACAUUAGAUUUAUUGACCAGGCAGAUUUAAAGGAAGGGAGGGACUGAAUUUUCGGCCAUUUAAUAGUUAUGAUAAAAUUUACAGAAAUAUUAUGCUAGCAUGAAAUAAACUCAUAAGGCUCACUAUGUUUAAAAAUCCACAGACUGAGUUUGUAGGGACUUCAGUGAUAAUUCCAUGAAAGUGCACAACACAUAGACAUUUUUAAAAUGAGUGGAUUUAUCCACUGUGUAGAUAAACUUGGUCUAAAAUAAAAAUAAUUAGGUUCUCAAGUGAUGAGUAUUUCUUAUGUUCUCCCUUUGAUUUAAAAAGUAAUAGGAAUUAUUUAUUGAAAGUGGCAUUGACAACAUUGAUAGGGGUGGAGAUUAUUAGUUUAUAGUUUGUGAUUUCAUAACCUUUUUUAGGUUAUUAAAAUGUAGUGGCAUUUUCCAUACUAUACACAAUUCUCCAAUGAAUUAAAUACUAGUUAACUAACUACUAAACCUCUUAUGAAUAUGCACACAGGAUGUUGUAUAUUUUUCUCAUAUCACAGUUGUUAGUUGGCAUGUCUGUUAAAACCUUCUGGGUGGGUGGGGGGAGGGAAAGGUUUUUAAAAAUUUCUCCAAUAAAAACAUUUUGAUAUUUGAAAAUUGGGUUCAGCUAAAAUUCUCUUAGCCUUGAAUGUUUUGCUUUUUCUAUGGUCCAUUUUGCCUGUAACACUCAUUUUAGUUUUAAUAUAUGUUAGGCCUUAUAUUUUUCUUUUGCUUUAUAAUCUAUUUUUAAUAAUUUGUCUUUCCCCUGAAAUCAUGUCGUAGAGAAUCUCCCCCUCUUCCCUCCAAGGAUGGGCUAAGGAAAGAUCAUUUUCCCAUUAGAACUUACUGGUGUUUGGUCAAGUUUUAAUGUAUGUUAAUACUUUAAUGUUAUUUAAUUACUCCUGGUUCUAAAAUGCUAGAAAAGACAUUUCCCUUAGUGCCUUUGAUGAAUUUACACUGUAGUCUAAACAUAUAAACUUUUAGCAACAUUGCUGUUUAUGAGCCCUAAAUAAACAUUGUACAGUUAGCUUCAUUUGGAUUAUUUCAUUAAUUUUGAACGUAAUGUUUGUCUAAUUUUUAUGUAAAAAUUUUAUUUAUGUUGUAAAUACCAGUAUUGUAUGUGUACAUGCGGCAUGUUCAUCCUGAUGAAUAAAAGUGUUAAGGUUAAUGUA